GUGUGUGAGAGAGAGAGUGUGUGUGUGAGAGAGAGAGAGAGAGAGAGAGUGUGUGUGUGUGAGAGAGAGAGAGAGAGGUGUGCUGAAACUCAGUUCUGUUCCUGCAUUCCUUCCCUCAUCAAAGGCCCUCUAAAAAGAUAGGGGGGGGGAAUCAUAAAUUAUAAUAUGGUGAGAUAGGAGCGUUUCGAAGAGUGAUCCACGAAGGGACAGUCUCAGGAAUUUACAGCGAGGACAGAUUGGAGGAAAUGUGUAGAGUUACAUUACCCAUUUGACGCCUUGUGGACAGUAAAGCCGAGAGGCUGCUUUUACCCAGGGACGUUUCCUUUUUUUUUUUCAUUUUUAAAGAAGAACGCAAGAUGGCAGAUGACAGGAGUGAAGAACGAGGACAGAACGGCGCCGUUUCCCUUUAAAAUGUAAAGGAUCGCCCAGAAGAUUUUUGGAUGUAUUUCGGAACUGGACACAUUGUAGCUACUUAGUCGCUUCGACCGGAUACAAAUAAAAGGAAACACGGUUUUUGUCUCCCAACAGUAAGGAUCUGAUAUCAAAGUAGGUUAAUGUUAUAGCUGUUGAGAUCACUUGCUAGCUGGAGAUGGCAGAUCUUUCCAUUUAGUCUACCUACAACAGAUUGCUUGACGACCUGACACCCGAAAUGGCUGAAGCCUGGAAGAACUGUCUGGAAGAAGAGCUCAUAUGCCCGAUCUGUCUGCAUGUGUUUUCGGAGCCGGUUCAGCUGCCAUGCAAGCACAACUUUUGCCGCGUGUGUAUAAACGAAGCCUGGGCCAAGGAUGCGGCCGUGGUCCGGUGCCCGGAAUGCAACAACGCCUACAGCCAGAAACCGGCUCUGGAGAAAAACCACAAGCUGUCCAACAUCGUGGAGAAGUUCAACGCGCUGAACAUAGAGAAAGCUCCAGCUGUGUUGCACUGUAUCCUGUGUCGCCGCGGGCCACCAAUACCUGCUCAGAAAGUGUGUCUGAGGUGCAAGGCGCCAUGCUGCCAGUCACACGUACAGACGCACCUGCAGCAGCCCUCGUCCAACGCGGGACACCUGCUCGUGGAGGCGGCCGAGGCUCGGGCAUGGAGCUGCCCGCUGCACCACGAGUACCGGCUGUACCACUGCGAGGCCGAGCACGCUGCUGUGUGCCACUACUGCUGCGUGGCCAGAUGCGCGCCACAUCACGGACACGCCGUCUGCGAUGUAGAGCUGCGUCGCAAUGACAUCCGGCAAACGUUGAUGAAGCAGCAGGACCGGAUUGAAGACAGAGUUCAAGACAUAGAAGAGCAGCUCUACAAGUUAGAGUCAGACAAGUGUCUUGUAGAGGAGAAGGUGCAGCAUCUGAAAGAGGAGGUACAGCUGCAGUAUCAGAAGAUGCAGCAGCUGCUAGAGGAAGACUUGGGAAAGACGCUGGAGGUGUUGGAUCAGGCUCACACCAAAUUCUGUCAGGAGAAUUCCACCCAGGUCCUGCAACUCAACCAGAAACGUCAAGAGGCCAAGAAACUCCUCAGCUCCAUCCAGAUGGUGUCUGAUAAGGCAGAGGACAUCAAAUUUAUGAGGAAUACAAAAUCUGUAAAAAUUUUAAUGGACAGGUCUCAGUCAUAUAUUGGCAAUACCUUACCCUCUUACAAAGUUGGCAGCCUCAAUUCGAAGCUGUUUCUCUCUGAAAUCUCAAAGAGGGAGAAAAACCUGUGCAAAAUGCUUGAAGCUCCUUUUAGCGCUCCUGCAAACUUCUUCCAGACUAUUCCAGCUUAUCUGUGUGCAGAGAAGCGCAGGCACUCAGUGGCUUUCUCUGAUGCUGGGGGCAGCAGUAAAGCUGGCUCUAGUUAUAUGGAGUCUUCCUCUUCUUCCUCUGGUUCUGCUGCUAAACAGCCAUGCCUAAGUCUAACUCCAGCCCCAGGUUCCUCAACCAGUGAGGGCCAGUCCUCCCAGCAUGCUCUGGGGCCUUGCAACUCUGUGGGAAACAGCAGUGCUGCAACCAGUUCUCAGUCCAUGCACCACUCUGGUUCUGUGUUUCCUCACUCUCAUUAUCCAAACAGCAGCACCUCACAGCUGCCUCAGUACGGAGGACGCAAGAUUCUAAUGUGCACAGUGGAUAACUGCUACUGCUCGGGUGUGCCCUCAGUGUCCAACCCUAGAGGGCAUCCCCCAUAUCCUCGAUCCAGCUCCUUCCCCUGGCCAGUGAGCUCACAAGAGUACUCCCAUCAGCCCCUCCCCUCUACACCUGCAAUGUCUCAGUCUCUCCAGAGCCUGUCCAUGCGAGACUGGAUAGACGCCUCACAGCCACACAGGCAUCCUGACUUCUACGGCCUCUACAGCCAGUCUUCCAGCAAGCAUUACGUCACCAGUUAACCCCAGCUCCAGUGACUGCUGUCAGUCACAAGAUCGGCUAGGUUUUUAAGCUGUGGGAACGUGAACGAGUGGGAAUUUUUUUUUUGUACAUAAGUUGGAUCAGUCAUUUAAUGUCCUUUAGGUCCACUGUCUAAGUUCUUAAAACAGUAAAUGUUACAAAGUGAAGCAUAACUUUGCACGUAGGAACUAAUGAUGUUCCCUUAACUUGCGUUGCUACUUACUACAACAGAAUAAUACUAACCAUUUUCCAGAAUGGACAAAGAACAGUAUGGCAAUUUGUUAAUCAUCAGUAACGCUGCACUUUUAUGUGAGUUCCUAAUCAUUUAAAUGAUGGUUUACUGUAUUCACUUCAACAGUCAGCUCUUAAUGACAUAUACUGUUAGCAAGAAAAGGUCAUUCUUAACAUUCACACGAUUAUAACCAACUAUAUUUUAUUUGCCUACUUAUUUCACAUAAGUAGUCUUUUUAAUCAGUGAGCAAAUUCUUGUAUAAGCAAAAUAUUUUGAAAUUUUUACAAUCUUCUAUGUUUGUUUUUCAUUUAGCAGAAGAUGGACUGUCUUCAGUGUUUUUUUUUUUCUUAAGAGAAAGGUAUACUUAUUUGUAUAAGUUUGGAUUACUUGUAUAUGUAACAGGUAAUUUUGUAUUUUUUAGAGGGAAAAAGAAAGGAAAUUUUAAUGAUGCAAUAUUAUUUUCAUUGUUAUGUUUCUUGAUUUGUUUGUACUUCCCUACUGAGAAUCUCUCGAUGGAAAUGCCCUGCUUGGUGUGUGAUUUCUUGGUGCAGCUGUGACUAGAUGUCCAGGCUUUGAGCAGCUGCCCAACAUGGAUCCAUACAGACAGUGCUGCCACACACACACACAAAAAAAAACAAAAACAAAAAACCCUUUUAAACUUUGUGAAACCCAGGAUGCAUUUGGUUUCACAUUCUAUUUCUCCGGUUUUCCCAAUGUGUUCAUCCAGAGUUAUUUGGACCUGAUUUUCCAAAAAUCUGAAGGAACUCUGGAAGUACAUUCCUCUCCAUUUAUUAGUAAUGCAGUUCUUUUUUUCUCCUGAUUCAUGUCAUUACUGGCACCAAUCAAAGAAUAUCUGGCUUCCUGUUUGUUAUUGAUUGCAUGUGGGAACAAGUUUCUGAGCACUUGUAGUAAAAUAAUAAAACUGCAAGAAAUAUAAAAUUGA